UUCGACACGUCGGGGAGCAGCCACAAUUUCCGUGAGCAAUUACGCGAUGGGCAGAAACUUUGCAAGUUGGUCAACGCCAUCCAAGCCGGCACAGUGAAAAAGAUCAUGAAACCGAUAUCGAACUUUAAUUGCCUGGAGAACCUAAAUCAAUUCACAACGGCAUGCAGGAACUUUGGCGUGAAAGACGAAGAGACAUUCCAAUCCGUGGACCUCUUCGAUGGACGAGACCUCUUCUCUGUAUGUGUCACCUUACAGAGUCUCGCUCGCAAGGUGGAAAAGACGCACAACGUCACUCCACCAAAACAGGUCGCCAAGGAAUCUAUCAUGAACGCCUGA